UCGGCCCGUCCAAUGAACCCCUUAUCCUCUUUGUCUUUGCCCUCAAAACGUUUGCUCAUCCUUCUCUCGCCCACCCGUGGGCUUCACUUCACUCUCAAUUCACUGGGAAAGGAGAAUGGCUUCCGCUGCAACGUGCAGCUUCAAUUUAGUAGGAGCUUUUAAGGGGCUAUCGUUGCUUCCAAGCUCGUCUUCCUCUUGUUUUAGGGGAGAUUUUCGAGUUCCCUCUGUUACAAAUGGUUCCAGUUUAUCUUUUACAUUGAAAUUUCCUUUGAUAAUUGAAGCAGCUCAUAAGAAAGGAGCUGGGAGCACAAAAAAUGGCCGAGAUUCGCCGGGACAGAGGCUUGGGGUGAAAAUCUAUGGUGAUCAGGUUGCGAAACCAGGGGCUAUCAUUGUGAGGCAGAGGGGAACCAAGUUCCACCCAGGGAAGAAUGUCGGACUUGGCAGGGACCACACCAUUUUCUCUUUAAUAGAUGGUCUGGUUAAGUUUGAGAAAUUUGGACCAGAUAGGAAAAAGAUUAGUGUUUAUCCACGAGUACUACAGCCUGAGAAUCCAAAUAGUUAUAGGGCAAGGAAGAAGGAGAACUUCAGGCUUCAACGUGAGCGCCGAAAGGCGAGAAAAGAAGGAAUUCCAACUCCUCAAUUGGUGUUAGCUUCUGCAGAGGUGGGUGCAGAAGCUUAGCCAAAUUGCUGACUGUUUAUGCAUUGAGACCCGAAAGAAUUGGCUGAGGUGCCGCAUCAAUUUUUCUCAAGUGUGUAUGCAUUUACGGUCGUUAUGUGGAGAAAACAUAGUUUCAGUGAUUCAUGGCAUUGUUGUGUAGCAAACAGAUUGUACAUUAUAUGGUACACCUAUGGGGGCAUUACCUCCGUUAAUCAUGAGGAACAAGUGGGGGAUUACCCAAUGAUGUCAUAUAUAUCUCUGUGGUGGCUACCAAGUAAUGUCACUGUUUUUCAUUAAUCUCCU